GCCUUUGCUUCCAUUCUUAUCCCUCGUUAGCACACAGCAUCACCUUCAUCUCUUCCUUUCGUUCGAGUAUAUGUGCAACAGUCCGCGUCUGUGUGCUCGUAAGCAAAGUCGACUCCUACGUCCAAUAUGGAUGAGACCACCUUCGAAAACACCAUGAGCGACCACGGCGGGUCAUCUACUGCCGCCACGGCACAAACAUCUACCGUCUUCUCUCGCAAUGACGACCCCUGGACUCUCGCGCUGCGUAGCGAGACUGAACAUCCUCUCAGCCUAGACGAAUUAGUCGACCUCAAUCGGACCGAGCCACCUUCGCACGACUUCCCAUCCACUGUGGGUACACUCACGACGACCGUGCUCAGUUCCCAAAAGGAAUCGAGCAUCACCAAACCGACUUCGGCGGGAACAAGCUAUAUCGUCGAUGGCUACACUGGCAAAGGCAAGGGCAAGAUCGUGAAGACCUAUGCGUCUUCCUUGUCAGCUACUCAUGGGUCAGGCUCUGAAGCGGAGGCCGAACAGGACAACGUUCUAAUCGGUGUUGGCGGUCAGUUUGAGAGCAGUACUCUUAAAGGUGCUGCAAGAGCUCGCAAACGGCAACAGGCACACAGGAUCUCAAGGCCGAAGAAGGUGCCUCUCGUGAUCCAUUACGAUGGCCCUGCACAUGUAUCUUCUGAAGAGGAGCUGGCUCCUGUCACCAAGCACAGCUCCCGGUGCAGCAACAAAGAAACCAAAUACCUUCGUACCCGGAAGGUCAAGAAGUCGGAUGCCAUCUUCGCUGACGAGGAACGCGUCUCGGCUAAUGACGAGCGUAACACUGCACGCCGCCUUUCACGCGCGCGUCUCAACAUCGUUAUUGGUCUCUGUGUUUUCAUCGUUCUCACAUUCGUCCUUUCGGUAUUCGCAGCGCAUCACACUGGCAAGGAUCGCCUCGCUUGUACCAAAGGCAUCAUCUUCUCAGCUACGGUUCUCAUUUCCACGUGUACAGUUGUCGCCAUGACCUUGGCAAGGCGGGCUCUGCAAGAGGCUUUGCUCGCGGGCUUAUUGGAGUUCGUCAUCGGCUUCGCUUUGGUUAUCGAGAUCCGCGAAUUUAUGGAGCAUGUUCCCUGACGCGCAUGCACUCUUACUUUUCACUUGCAGACAUACUGAACCAGCGCAUUCUCGGGCAUUAUUUCGGAUAUCCAAAUACACGUACAAUACGAGCUUUUUGUAUACCAAAACCAUACGUCUGCUGAUUCUACUAUGCGCAAAUGGCGACAGCCUCGCUCACACGAAUCAUUGCCAGUCCGGCCUCCGAAUCGCCACAGGUGCGCAAAUGGCGCCGAACGGCGCCGGCCUGUGUUCGUUGCCUAAUUAAUGAGCCUCAGGCGGGGCUCGAACCCCAUGGUUACGCCAAGUUGUGUGCAGAAGGCAGUGCAAGAGUUGCUCCGCCCCGACGGCAGCAUCACUGGCGCGGUGGAAUUGGUGCAGCACAGGAGUCUUCGCGCGCUGGGCAAGGUCGAUAAAACAUGCACUGUCGGCGGUGCAGGUGAAAAUUUUUCAAACGCGUGCGCAGAGGCUUGCGCGAUGGUUGCCUGCUUUGCAUCCCAAAGUGGACGAAGCGAGGAUAA